AGGAGAAAGCCGAUAGCUUGGUGUGGGGAGGGCUGGACUUUAUUUUGCUAACCAUGUGUUUUGUUUUGCAGGUCUUUGAGUUUCCCUACAAGGGGGCUGUCCUGCAGAAGCUGGAAGGUUAUUUCUUUCUUUGGUUUGUUCUCAACGCUUGGAUCAGCUUUUGGAUGGGUCAAGACCUGUCUUCUGGCUUUAUGUCGUCAGGAUCUUCGUCCCUAGCAAGGUCCAAUGGAGAUCCCGCAUGUUCCCGCUGAUUGUGAUAAUUCUGGGCAAUUGCAGCAUUGUCAGGCUGUAUCUCUCCACGCAGGAUCUUCCAAGACUCCAGGUCGGCUACUGCAGAGUUUGCAAAGGGUUUCCUAGAUUCUUUGCAUUGCAGGACGGACUGGAUGCUAAAAAUUACAGCCUUGUUCAUGGCAUGCUGAAUUCUACUGUGGUGUUUUGGGAAUACCCCUCUGUUUUGCUGCUCACCCGAUUGAAGUUUUCUCUCUUCCAAGCCUGGGCCCAGCACUAUCCCUCCCCAGCCCAGUUUUGUCCAGGUCAGAUUGUUCAGGAGCUGGGGCCUUCAGUUUUCAGCAUUAUGAAGGGUCCCCGGGAGCAGUAUGCAGCAACAUUUAUGUCAUUUAUCUACAGAUACAGUCAAAGCAUUCUAGGUCCAUGGCGCCAAAAAUUAUUCCCAGAAUUGUUGGGCUAUAUCCAGUCAUUCGUGCUUCUUGGAAUGUCUGCCGUUUAGCCUUUUUUUUUGUUUAUUUAUUAUUGUUAUUAUUUUUUUCUUCAAUGCUGUUUCUUCGUGGGCCUGCUGCAAUUUAUUUUAUUCUUUUGCCCAUGAACCGAUUUUCCUACUGGUACAUUUGUGUCUUGGUGGAUUUUUCAGGACUCCUUUCUGCUGCAAUUUGGCUCCUCUGGAAUCUGCUACAGCCUGCCUUGUAUCUCCCGAAUGCUACAGUACUUUUCCCAGGUGCUGCAGAAUUCUGAAGUUGCACACAGACCAGUGGAGCAGCCCUUCCGUUGUUCUGCCCAGCUGCACUUUCACUGCAGAAAAUUUGUUUUGCUUCCCCAGAUGCAACCCAAUCAUUUCUUACUGCAGCUGCUCUACUAUUGCCUUCAACUGUUUAUAUCUGCAGCUUGCUAGAAGCUAUUUCAAGCAGUGGAUUCGAAGCUGUUUUCUUUGCUGUCUCCCUUUCAACUUAGGAACAAGUAUACGAGUUUAUGCAGGUGCAGCUGGGCUGCUGGAUUGUCCAGGACCUAUUUCCGGGUGCCUUCUCCCAGUUUUUUCUCAUUCGAAAAAUGCUGUAAAAGGCCCUCAUUUGUCUUGUCCAGGAUGCAGUGGUCUCCAGAUUUUUUCUGGUCUAUCCCAUUUGCUAGCCAGAACAAUGCCCCUCCUUUUUCCAGAACUCAGCAGCAACAAGGUAGCUCCAGCAUGCAUCAGAUGAAGCAGGAUCCGAAUAUGCCAGCCUUUUUCCAGCGUGUGUGCCAGUCUGAAGUAAGUGUUUUUGUGAUUUAUUUUCCAGCCUAUAGUUUUGUCCAUUUAGGAGUGCUUAGAACUGUGGAUCCGUUUUGUAACACGUAUAGAAAAGGUUCUUUAAUCAGGCCUGUCCUUGUAUAUUUAAAAAUUGCUGUCUUUAGGUUUGUAAUGUCACUCUUUUUGAAUUCUAUAUUUGUAGAAAUUUUGAUAGACAUUCAAGAGGAGAUUAUGUGUUUCCCUCUGUACGGUUUAGUCCUCAAGGAAUUUUUUCUUGC